UCCAUUCAUCCCCAAUCCAAACCCAGUUUACAUCUCUCUCUCUCUCUCUCUCUCUCUCAGCAAUCACAGAAAUCCAUAACUUCAACUUCAUUCCCAUCCUACGCCUGCCCUUUUAUCCAAAUUCCAGUUUGACCCACCACCAUGUAUAACAUGCUGGUGAACUGCGCCCACUGCCGCACCCCUCUCCAGAUUCCCCCUGGCGCAGAGUCCAUCCGCUGCGCCAUCUGCCAGGGUGUCACUCUAAUCGCCGACCCACGCGGCCUCCCUCAGCCUCCAGCCUCCCACGCGCCUCCACCUCCCGCUCCAUAUUCUCACGCGCCUCCGCCUCCCGCUCCAUACUCUCACGCGCCUCCAGGCCCUCCCCCCAACGCGCACGGGCGGAAGAAGGCCGUGAUCUGCGGGAUCUCGUAUAAGUACUCGAGGCAUGAGCUCAAGGGUUGCAUCAAUGAUGCCAAGUGCAUGCGGUAUCUCCUCAUCAACAAGUUCCAGUUUCCAGAAGAUUGCAUUGUCAUGCUCACUGAAGAAGAAACUCACCCCUCCAAGAUUCCAAACAAAUAUAACAUUAGAAUGGCAUUAUAUUGGCUUGUACAAGGCUGUCAAGCAGGCGACUCCCUCUUUUUUCAUUACUCUGGCCAUGGUUCACGGCAGAGGAAUUAUAAUGGCGAUGAAGUUGAUGGAUAUGAUGAAACCCUUUGUCCCCUUGACUUCGAAACUCAGGGUAUGAUUGUUGAUGAUGAGAUAAAUGCAGCAAUUGUGAGACCCAUUCCACCCGGGGCUAAGCUUCAUGCAAUAAUAGAUGCUUGUCAUAGUGGCACUGUACUGGAUUUGCCAUUCCUUUGCAGAAUGGACAGGAGUGGACGAUAUGUAUGGGAGGAUCAUCGCCCUCGAUCAGGCAUGUGGAAAGGAUCAGGCGGUGGAGAAGUCAUUUGCUUCAGUGGUUGUGAUGAUGAUCAAACGUCUGCUGACACAGCAGCUCUAUCAAAGAUCACAUCAACAGGAGCCAUGACUUUCUGCUUCAUCCAAGCAAUCGAGCGUGGACAAGCGGGCACCUAUGGAAGCAUACUCAAUUCUAUGCGCUCUACCAUUCGGAGUACAGGUACGGGUGGUGGUGGUGGUGGCAGUUUAACAUCUCUUCUUGGUGGUGGUGGUGGUGGCAGUUUAACAUCUCUUCUUGGUGGUGGUGGUGGUGGUGGUGGUGGUGCUGUGACAUCCCUAGUCAGCAUGCUUGUGACAGGAGGCAGUGAUACUGGCGGGCUAAAACAGGAACCGCAAUUAACUGCCUGUGAGCCAUUUGAUGUGUAUGCAAAACCCUUCUCCCUAUGAUUCUUUUCUGUCUACAUGCAGCUUAACAUGUAUAUUUAUAUUGUGAAAAGAAAAGGUAUUUUAGGUCUGGAUUCUGGAUGAUACAAAUCCUUGGAUGAGUAAUAAAUAGAUGAACACUUUUGUUUAUUGUUGUGGUGAAACAAUGGAAGUGUGAAUUAUGAA